CCCACACCGAGGUAUCUGAUCAUAGGGGCAGACAGGCAGAGAGUGUAAAAUGGCGCACAGCUGUCGGUGGCGGUUCCCUGCUCGGCCCGGAGGGAGCAGCAACUCCGGUACCGGGAGGAGAGCGGGCCGUGUUAGGGUUACCGCAUUUUUACGGAGCGUAUCGGGAGCCCAGCCAAACGCCGCCGGACUCGGACCCGGGUUUGAUGCUGCACUACAGGUUUCUUCGGUUAUCAGGAGCAACCUGCAGAAAUUUCGGGAUGUUUUGGGCGAAUCCAGCGACUCUAGUAGUGCAGAGGAUGAAGUGUUUGGAGGAUUUGGUCCAUCUGAAGAACAAACAGAAAUACAGAGUCUGUCAUCAUCCUCUUCAGAAGGAGUACCCCUUCAGGAGAAGAAGCCCAGAGGCCGUCCACCACGAAUUCUCACUGCUCAAAAAGCUGCUGCCAGUCUACUGCCCGACUCAUCGUAUCCCUCUCCAACGCAAGUGAAACCUGAUGGCCCUGAAAGGCCCACAGAGAAAGUGAAAAGGCUGCCUGGGAGGCCACCUGGCACAAGUGAGAAACGAAGGGGCCGACCCCCAUCUUCAAACAGCAAGAAAAUUUGGAGUACUGGCAGCCAUGCAUCUCCAGAGGACAGUAGGCAGGCUGGAUUUGAGCUGGGUACAGAUACAGAGGAUGAGAAGGACAGAAAGGGCAACAAGAGAUUGCCCGGGGGCUCUGCGCAGCCUCAUGACACUGAGGCAAAGCUUCCCAAAGCAGGACGGGGUGAAUCCAAAGCUAGCUACCUGAAGAGGUUGACAGAGACUAAAACCACCCCUCUCAAGUCACGCCUCAAGACUUUGCCUGGUGCACCCAGACGCAGACGUGGCCGACCACCAUCAGUCGAACGGCUCAAAGCUGAAGCAGCAGCUGCAGCACAGCUGUCUGCCUCCAUGGAAGGCGGGGAAGGAAAACAUAAGGCCUUCAGGGUGCGAGGUGGGGACAGAGACACGGAAACACACAGCACAGAGCAGCCCAACGUAAGGAACAUGGAUGCUGCCGAAAGCCAAGACUCUUCCAGUCUACCUAGCUCUCCGUCUGCCUCUAAGCCAGGUAGGCCAGUAGGCCUCAGGAAAAGCCCACGGCACAGAAAACCAGUUAGAAUUGUCGCCCCUUCCAAACAUACUGAUGCAACCAUCGCCAAACAACUGCUGCAGCGUGCUAAGAAAGGAGCACAGAAGCGACUGGAGAAAGAAGCUGUUGGAAUUGUGGGGAGAGGGUCAGGAGGCGGCGAGGCUGGUAUCAGGAAGACCCAACUCAAAAACAUCCGGCAGUUCAUCAUGCCAGUUGUCAGUACUGUUUCCCUUCGCAUCAUUAAAACUCCCAAGCGCUUCAUUCAGGAUGAGGGCACUUUUGGAUCUCCACCUACUGUUGCUGCAUCUGCCCAACCUACGCCCACAACCUCCUCAUCCCCUUCUCCUGCCCUUGUCUCUGUUACUUCGGUGGCUACUAGCAGUGGAGCAACUGCUCCUGUCGAAUCUGUCCCUUCGUCAUCUCCUAGUCCCGUCCCCGCCAUCCCAACAACAGCUUCUGGUCUGCUGGGCACUAACACCAACACUGCAGCCAAUGGGAGAUUUAGCCAUAGUGCACAAUCUUGUGGUUCAAGUGCUGUAUCACAGCAUUCCUUGCAGCUCUCCUCAGGAGAAUCUUCCAGGUCCAGCACCCCGAGCUUGGAUGACUCCUCGUCGGACUCCCAGGUUUCUGAGGGCACACAAGCUCUAUCAGAGCCAGAGGAUGACUCUCCUUCCUCACAGGGAGAGAGGAAGGCCAGUCUUUUAAACAGCUCAAGGCCUACCACACCUCCGUCUGAAUCAGAACAUGUGCUAGCAGAGGGAAUUCGGAGGGGUCGAAGAGCACAGGGGACUGGCCGAGGAAGUCAGAAACAGAGGGUGAGAGAGACGGGAACGGCAGGAGUUAAAAAGCCUAUCAUUAGCCCACCAACAGGGGUACUGAUGUCCUCCUCUUCCCUUGGAAAUUCGCAGCAGGCUUCAUCCACAGCUUCUUCCCCCUCUUCACCUCCACCUCCUCCUCUCCUCACUGCUCCACAACCAAUAUCUGCUUCCUCCAGCACAGCUGCUAUUGGCGAACACCACCCUCAGCCGUCAUGGAUGCCUCAUCCCAUCCCACAGUUUAUGUCCGUACCAACAGGGCUGCCAGGCUUGUCGGACAAAAGGAGUCGCUCAAUUUUGAGGGAGGCCACCUUCACCUGGACAUCCCCCUCCAAUUCCUUUGCUAAGUAUGCCAAGGAGGGCCUCAUUCGAAAGCCCAUAUUUGACAAUUUUCGUCCUCCACCUCUUACUCCCGAAGACGUGGGGUUGCUGCCUCAAGGUGUCCCAGGAGCAGGGGGAGCUGCUCCAGUUGCAUUUCCAGCCCCUGGUGCUGGAGCAGGACCAGGAGGCCGGCUGUUUUCCCCCCUUCAUCCCCAUUCGCACCACCAACACCCCUCGUCAUCCCGGUUUGAUGCACCCCUCCAGAAACGCUCGCUGCUCCGAGCGCCACGCUUCACACCCAGCGAGGCCCACUCUCGAAUCUUUGAGUCCGUUACCCUGCAGUCUUCUUCAGGGAGCAGCCCUGGCUCUCUGUCCCCUCACCAGACGCCUCCUAGUUCCAGCAGAACACUGCGGCGCAGGAGACGACUGGUACCGGGAACACAUCGUGGCCACCCACGGUCUCCUUCUCACCCCAUGACAAGACGAAGCAUCCAAAUCAAAGGUGCCUCUGAGGUGUCUGCGCUGACAGGCUCUGUCUCCAGCAGUAACCCCAGCUCUUUGCAGGGGGUAUCUGGAAGUCCACUAUCCACGAAUGCCUUAACGUCUCCCUUCACCUUCACCAAUGUCCCUCGGGGUCUGCACUCGCAAGGAACACCUGACACCAGAAGAGGUGGACCAGGAAACCCAUCCCCCUUGUCAAACACAUCAUCAUCCGCUUCUUCCCCUCUUUUCCCUCUCUUUCCUUCGAGCUCUCAGGACACUGGGCAAGGAGGUGGGAAUGCUGUGAAGGAAAAAUGCUCAUCAACUUCCCAAGAACCAGUUCCAAAGGAAAAGGAGAGAGAGGGUGAGAAAAACCGUGAGAAGGAGAAGGAAAACAAGAGGGAUGGAAGGAAAGAUUUGGAGAAAAGAGCUAAGAUGUCCACUCCUGAUGGCUCCCCAAAUGCACCUUCUGGUUUGUUUAACAUUGAUGGGAGGGACUCAGAAGGCACGGUUGCUCCCAAAAAGACGCCUGGGAGAAAGAAAUCCACAUCAGUUGAUACAGUUUCUGACACUGCUUCCUUAGAAGUCAGAGGAGCCCAUUCAAUGUCCAUUGCUAAAAGUCGCCACAUUAAGAAAGGAAGACUGUCUGACAAAGGGACAGAGGUCGAGGAAGCAGAGAAGGAAAAAGAAAAAGAGAAACGAAGUACAUCUAACCAGCAGACAGCCAGCCUUCCAGGGCAGCAGGCCAGACACACAGUCCCAGUGCAGACAGAAGCAGGACAGAACCCUCUGACUGACAAGCGACUGGUUGGACUACUAAAGAAGGCCAAAGACCAGCUCAUCGCAAUAAAGAAGAAUAAGCUGAAGCCUCCUGAAGAAACUAAGGUCCAGGGUCAGGAGAGUGACUCUUCAGAGACCUCUGUCCGUGGUCCUCGCAUCAAGCAUGUGUGUCGCCGUGCAGCUGUGGCUCUCGGUCGUAAUCGGGCCGUGUUCCCUGACGAUAUGCCCACACUUAGUGCCUUGCCUUGGGAAGAGAGAGAGAAGAUCCUAUCUUCCAUGGGGAAUGAUGAUAAGUCAUCAGUAGCAGGCUCAGAGGAGGCAGAGCCCCAGUCUCCUCCCAUAAAGCCAAGAGAGACACGACAGAAGGCUGUUCAAGAAGCUCCAAUGAAAAAAGGCCGUCGGUCUCGUCGCUGUGGCCAGUGCUCAGGCUGCCAGGUUCCAGAAGACUGCGGCGUCUGCACUAACUGUCUAGACAAGCCCAAGUUUGGAGGCCGAAACAUUAAGAAGCAAUGCUGCAAGAUGCGAAAAUGCCAGAAUUUGCAGUGGAUGCCCUCAAAGAUGUUCCUCCAAAAGCAAGGUAAAGGCAAAAGGGACAAGAAAAAGAAGUUUCCCGAGAAAAAAGAGGGUAUCAAUCCGGUAAAGUCCCCCAGUUCGGACUCUGCCUCCAAAGCUCCUCCCGCUCCUUUAAAAGAUGAUCCUGCUCAGAAAAAUAGCGAGACUCCCCCUUUAAAGCCGAUAGAGGAGAAGUCCAAACAACAGCCUCUAUCCAAGCAGUCGUCUCCAGCCGUCACUUCGUCGCCUGCUCCAGGCGAACAAACUCAGACCCCAGGCGUGGUCUCAUCCCAGCCUCAGUCUCCACCGCCGACUCCAGACGCCAAACAGCUUCCAGUUACAAGUGGCACCUCCAGUAAAAAGGGGCACAAACCACACCAGUCUGUUCAAGCUUCUCCCCCUGCAUCUUCGUCUUCACCUUCUUCCUCAUCCUCGUCCUCAUCAUCCUCCUCCUCCUCCUCCUCUUCGUCUUCCUCCUCCUCAUCAUCUUCAGCCCAGAACUCCCCCUCACAGUCCACUCAGUGUCAGCAACUCCCAGAGCAAUGGCCAACCCCAAGCCAAGCACCUUCAAAGAAAGAUGGUUCACCCAAGAUUUCUCUGAGCGAACCCAAGAAAAAAUCCCAACAGUGCUCAACACAGCAGCAGAGCUCAGCCAUAGCAGUAGACUCAAAAACAGCAAAGAAGUCAACCUCCCGCACUAUUCCGCCAUCUCCAAAACAGAGAACAAAAGACAAGCCGCUGACGACCAAACCGACCAGCAGCAGUACUUUAAACUCAUUGAGCACUCCCUCGACUAGGGACCAGGUGAAGUCCAGAGCUCCCUGCGACGGAGUGCAUCGUAUCAGAGUGGAUUUCAAGAGGGACCAUGAUGUGGAGAAGGUUUGGGAAGCUGGUGGACUCAGCCUGCUCACCUCUGUGCCCAUCACAUCCAGGGUACUCUGCUUCCUAUGUGCAAGCAGUGGAAAUGUUGAGUUUGUUUUCUGCCAGGUGUGCUGUGAACCAUUCCAUCUCUUUUGUCUGGGGGAGUCAGAGCGCCCCCUUCAGGAACAGUUUGAGAACUGGUGCUGCCGACGCUGCCGGUUCUGCCAGGCCUGUGGGCGCCAGCACCAGAAAGCUAAACAGCAGCUGCUAGAGUGUGAUAAGUGCCGUAACAGCUAUCACCCGGAGUGCCUGGGUCCCAACUACCCCAGCAAACCCACCAAGACAAAGAGAGUCUGGAUUUGUACCAAGUGUGUGCGCUGUAAGAGUUGUGGAGCCACGAAACCCGGGAAGUCCUGGGAUGCCCAGUGGUCACAUGAUUUCUCUAUGUGCCACGACUGUGCCAAACUAUUUUCUAAAGGGAAUCUCUGCCCACUGUGUGAUAAGUGCUUUGAUGACGAUGACUGUGACAACAAGAAGAUGGAGUGUAGUCGCUGCAAAAAAUGGGUUCACACCAAAUGUGAGAAUCUUACAGAUGAAACCUUUGUGCUGCUGUCAAAGCUGCCUCAGAGCGUUGCUUACACUUGUAUCAAAUGCACUGAGCGCCACCCAGCCGAGUGGAGGACAGCGCUAGAAAGGGAGCUUCAGGGCUUCAUCCGCAAUGUGCUCAAUGCACUGCUCAACUCGCGCACAUCCACUCACCUGCUACGCUACAGACAGGCGGUAAAGCCUCCAGAGCUAAAUCCAGAAACAGAGGAGAGUCUUCCAUCCCGACGUUCCCCCGAGGGCCCAGAUCCUCCCGUCCUUACAGAGGUUCCCCCGACACCUCCCAGUGACUCCCCUCCAGACCUGGAGUCUGUUGAGAAGAAGAUGGAUCAGGGCUGUUAUAAAUCUUUGGUGGAGUUCAGUGAUGACAUUGUGAGAAUCAUUCAGUCGGCCAUCAACAGCGAUGGAGGCCAGCCUGAAAGCAGAAGAGCAAACUGUAUGCUCAAGUCGUUCUUUAUUCGGCAAAUGGAUCGAAUCUUCCCAUGGUUCAAAGUGAAAGAAUCCAGGUUCUGGGAAAGGCAAAAAGUCUCUGCCAACAGCGGGCUUCUUCCCAACGCUGUCCUUCCUCCAUCCCUGGACCACAACUACGCGCAGUGGCAAGAGAGACAGGAGCUUAGCCGUGCCGUUCAUCCCUUUUUCAUGAAAAAGAUCAUCCCAGCUCCACAGCCCAAGAAUUUAGGGGAACUCGAUUUGCCAGCGUCACCUCCUCCACUACCUCCACCACCUAAACUUCUGAAAGACCAUGAGGACACCCCUGAGCCGCCACCUCCUCCCUCAGGUCUCACUGAUACCAGGCAAUGUGUUCUGUGCCUCCAUUAUGGAGAUGAGAACACCAAUGACUGCGGCAGGCUGCUUUAUAUCGGUCAGAAUGAGUGGGCCCACGUGAGCUGCGCUCUUUGGUCUGCGGAGGUGUUUGAAGACGACAACGACGCUUUAAAAAAUGUUCACAUGGCUGUUUACAGGGGAAGGCGAACGAACUGUGAGAGGUGUGAAAAGACCGGGGCCACUGUGGGCUGCUGCCUCACCUCCUGCACCAGUAACUACCACUUCAUGUGUGCCCGCCAGAGCCACUGCGUGUUCCUGGAAGACAGGAAGGUCUACUGUCCAAAGCACAGGGAUCUCAGUAAAGGAGAGGUGGUGACAGGGUUUGAGGUGACACGCAGGAUCCUGGUUGACUUUGAAGGAAUCAGUCUCAGGAGGAAGUGGCUGGCAGGGUUGGAGCCUGAAAAUGUCCACAUGAUAAUAGGUUCCAUGACGGUUGACUGUUUGGGAAUACUGACUGAACUCUCAGACUGCAAACGUAAGCUCUUCCCAGUUGGAUACCAGUGUUCAAGGGUAUACUGGAGCACUCUAGAUGCUCGAAAGCGUUGUGUGUACACCUGCAGGAUAUUAGUUUGUCACCCCCCAGUGGCAGAGUCUGAGAUGAAGAGUGUGUUGGGUCCAGAGGAGAAUCGCACAAUUGCGCACAGCCCUCCUCCUAUAACAGAUUUCCCUGAUCCAUUUGAGUCACCGAGACGCUCUGAAAACCUCUCUCCGGCUAAUACCCCAAAGCUCAGGGUUUACACCAGAAACCGACAUCCCAGCUACCCCCCAUGUCAGCGCUCCAUAGACCCCAAGCACGUGACUUCUCCAGAGAGAACUUUGCUGCCCCAAAGCCAGGCUGUUGGAGAUUCACUGGAGAACCAGAGCGUUCGCCACAUUGACUCCCGACGUCACAGCUCCCCUUCCCUUUCUCCUCCCCCCCACCAGCUGAGUAGACAGAGAGGUGUGACCACCCCACCGCAGACUUUGUCACGACCCCUCACCUCACCUCCUCCUCUCAUCCCCUCCCCAGCCAGAGACCCAGAGAAAUCCAAACACCUCAUCAAAGACUCAAAGAAGAAUCCAGUCCAAAGAGAUGGGGAUAGAGGUAGAUCCUUUUCCACAGACGGAAACAGGCUGCAAGCAGCGAGAGAGCAAAGUCUGAGAGAUGCAGACAAGGGAAGGACGACAAAUCGAGACCAAGGACCCAAGGAGUUGCAUAAAAGCAGAUCGCCCAGAGAACUUUUGCCAAGAGACGUUGACAAGGGUGACAUUUCAGCCAAAGAGUCAGAAAAGAGAAAAGUCUUAGGCACAGAUUCGGGUCUGAAAGAAUCUGAUGCUCCAAGACCACAAAGCAGAGACUCCUCAAGAGAUUCUGAAAAGGGGAAACUUACAAAUAGAGACUUGGGUAAUAAAGAAACAGAUAAGAGUAAGACAUCUUUCAAAAACCCUAACUCCAAGGGUUCAGAUAGAUCUAAGUCUCUUAACAGAGAUAUGGGGCAAAGGAACUCUGAGAAACACAGACAGCACAGCAGGGAAGCAGGAAAAGACCUGGGUCAAGGUAAAGAUAGAUCAUCAGGCAGGGAUUCUGACAAGGUUAGACCUUCCUCUAAGGACUCCAGUUAUAAAGGUGCAGAGCGAAACAGAGAUUCUAGCUCAGGGAAAGACAGCAAUGCUAGUCAAUCCAAGCGGACUGGCAGUGAGAGCAAGAGUCCAAAAUUGGCUCCUGUGGGCUUAGGACAAUCUUCUCCUCCGGUGGGAACUGCUGUUCUCUCAGGUCAGCAGAGGAGUGGAGGCACCAAACAGGUUGAAAAGCAGACGAAGCAUGGAAGCAAAGACCAAGAUGGUCUAAGCUUGUUGUCUCGCCACCGGCCCGUUGCACCCUCCAACAUCCUCCCAUCAAAGGAAAAGCCCAGCUCAGGGAAGGAGGGUAGCAGCGCCACUGGAAAUAUCACACCGUCUUCACUCCACAAGGAAUCUAUCGCAGGAAAAUCCGGCUCCCCACAGAAAUCCAGUACACUGAAAUCAAACGAUUACUCUCCAGGUCCAGCAGGAAAGUCUCUGUUAUCAUCACGGACAUCGAUGGAAGAUGAUGUUGGUAAACGGAACUCGAACCUGACCUCCCUAGGUGCUGCUUCAGCUGCCAAAGACAAACACCCCAAAGUCAAAUCAACAGGCAGCAGAGAUGCAUCCAAAGAUCGAGACAGAGAAAAGACCCAUCAGAACAGCAGCAACAACAAAGCUCCGCUUCUCAACAACAACGCCAAAACCACAGGUGGCUCCAACAUGCACGCUACAAACUCCUGCUCUUACAACAGCAAAGUUCCAGCGCUUGGAAACAGCACCAAAGCCCAGGGGCAGCCUCAGGGGGAGAAGCAGCAGAACCACGGAGAGGGCAGGUUGUCUGCAAAGAGCAGAGAAAAUUUUCCUGGUGUAGAAAAGAAGUACAGCAGCACUCCAGAAAGCUUCCAGCAGAUAAGUUUAGAGAGAGGUGAGGUGAGCUCCACUCAGCCUUACACCAAACAGAUAACCAAUCAGCUGUCGGCGACCUCCAGAGAAAAGAAGAAACCUGUUAAACUCUAUUCUCACACUCCACUCAAGGCCGAUUUAAAGACUGACCCCAAUGGGAGGCAAUCUUCCUGUCCCACAAGCACCUCUUCCACCAACUCCCCUGCUGGACAGGGGACCCAUCGCUCUCCCCCCUCCCCUCUGUUCUCCUCACCUUCUGCCAGCAGCAGCGACAGCUCCGAGUCUGACACCCAGACUCAGACAGAAGAAGACGAGAUGCGUAAAAAACGUCCACGCCACAGGCUGAGAGACCACCACAGCCUACUCUCUCAGUGCACUGAGGAGGACGAUGGGGAAGGCCCAGAGGACGACCAUGACAGAACCAUGGAGGAUAAGCACCAUGAAGAUGACAGCGAUGGUUCAGGCUCAGCCAAGAGGCGUUACCCACGGCGCAGCGCUCGUGCACGUUCCAACAUGUUCUUUGGACUCACCCCAUUUUACGGCGUUCGCUCGUACGGCGAGGAGGACAUUCCUUUUUAUGGCAGCGGCGACGGAGCAGGAGCUGUGGUUAAGAGAAGGACUGGCCGACGGAAGAAGUCAGCUGAGGGGCAGGUGGAUGGAGCAGAUGAUAUGAGCACCUCAUCUUCAUCUGCAGACAGUGGAGAAGAUGAGGAUGGUGGAAUGAAGAACAGGGGUAAAGACUCCUACUACUACAACUUCACUCGGACAAUAAUCAACCCCGGUCAUGGCCUCCCGUCUAUAGAGGGCUUGGACGACUGUUUGGGAAGAGGAUCCCAACUUCAGCGCUUUCUAAAAGAUGAGGAACAGCAACAGCAAAGGGCUCAGGAGAAAACGGAAGAGGACAUGCUGAGUACUCUGACCUUGGGCAAACAGCAAAUCGGUCAGCUUGACGGCGUUGAUGAUGGUUCUGAGAGCGACACGAGUGUCUGCACCACCAGCACCACCACCACUACAGCUACCACUUCCUCCACACCGCAGAAAAACACCCCCAAGAGGAGAGGCAGAGAAAGACACGUCGACAAAACUGACCACCAUGAAUCGAGCAAAGAGGCUGAAAACAGCAGUGGCGGAUCAGGGAGCACACGAGAAAGCAGAAAGAACCAGAAGGAAAACUGUCUUCCCCUUAGUGGUGGCGUCAAAGCCCAACCACAGAACCAGGGUCAGGAUCCGCUUGAGGCCCAGCUCUCCCUCAGCACAGACCUGCUCAAAUCUGACUCUGACAACAACAACAGCGAUGAAUGUGGUAACAUUUUGCCUUCAGAUAUCAUGGAGUUUGUAUUAAACACGCCAUCCAUGUCGCUGCCAACUCUGGGUCAACAAUCCGAGCCGUCGUCCUCUGAGCUGCUGCUGGACGAGUCCUAUGACCUAAAUAGGCGCAAGGACAUUCUGUUUGAUGAUUUCUCUCAACCCCUGCCUAGCGCAGAAAGCGGAGGGGUGGUGGAGGCCAGUGUUAACAGCUCCAUAUCAGUUGAAGAACCAUAUCUUCCUCUAGAGCUACCCUCAGACCUCUCAGUUCUGACGACGCGCAGCCCGUCUGUCAGCUCCAGCCAGAAUCAUUCAGCAAGUGGCCUCAUCUCGAAUACCUCAGACAGCACAAUGCUUGGUUUGAACUCUGACCCAGAAAAUAUCAGCGGUGAAAAGAACGGUGAUAAGAAAGUUCCGGGUCCCAGUGUGUCACCGUCCGACAAUAAGCAUGACGGACCUGCUUUGGGAAACAGAGAGGCGCAGGCUGCAGAGGGCCAAAUGACUUCAGACCAGUUUAUUUCCAGCCCUGCUAUUGGUCAGGGGGUUGAAACGUCUGCCAGCCAGGAUGCAAGCAGAAGUUCUGUCUCUUCUGGUUUGCCAAGUUCUCCCUCUUUGCCUCUUCAGGGUCAGAAAUACCUAGCCACAGCUGCUGCAGGCAGUCCCAGUCCAGUCCCUGGUCCAGGACCUUCCCAGGCUCAGGUUUCCAGCCCAGCAGUGAUCAAACCAGGCCCUGAUAAGCUCAUUGUGGUCAAUCAGCAGUUCCAGCCUCUCUACCUGGUUCAGACGGUGCCAAACGGCGUCACCCAGAAAAUCAGUGCAGCAGGAGUGAUGGAAGCUACCUCGUCUGCCGUGCUGAGCCCCAUGACGAUCACCAGAGGCUUAAAUAGUGGCUUAUCUCCUGCCCAGCCAAUUUUCCCAGCUGGUGGAAAAGUCCUGGGCACCAUACCUCACCCCUCUCAGAUUCACACUUUCCCCGGAUCCACACAGGCAGGCUUCCAGACGGGAAUACCCAGCACCACCUCAGGACUGCUCAUCGGUCUGCCCUCUCAGCCGUCAGACCAAUCCCCUAUUUUGGUCUCAGAGGCUGGUCGACCUCAUGAGCUCGGUCCCAACGUCGCCAUAGUCUCCAGUCAUUCCUCCCUGACUUCCUCCCCUCCUGUCCUUGCGUCCUCUCAUGGCAAGAAGAGGCCCAUCUCUCGUCUGCCAAGAAAAAACAAGAAACCAGCUCGCUGCCGCAGCCAGCCGGCUCUGGCUCCGUCAGAAGUGGGCCCUCCUAAUAUGACUCUGAUCAACCUGUCUUCCCAGCAGAUCACUGCCAGCAUCCCUGGACAAGCUGGCGGCCUGGUUGAGCUAAGCACCAUCUCUACAUCUCACCGCAAAGUCCCAAAUAUCAUCAAGAGGCCAAAGUCCGGUGGCGUCAUGUACUUGGAUCCCACUGCUCUCAUACAGCAGAGAAUUCCAGGUCCUGCUCAGACCGGCAUCCUUAGCCACGAUUCCUCCACUCACAUCCUACCAUGCUCAGUCGCUGGUCUCAGUCCCAGCCAGUCGGUGUUGAAUGUGGUCUCCGUCCCACCUAGCGGCUCUGCUGGGCUUAUUGCACCAGGCUCGGUGUCUUUCUCCACCCCUGUACUCAGCUUUAAAGCAAAUCCACAUGGUUUGGGACUUUCGGAUCAGCCCAUGGUCCUUCAGCCAGCGGGGGGAGCUCCUCUCGUGUCACAACUCGCCUCCCCUGUUCAGACCUCUAUUGCCAGCAGCAUCUGUGUUCUACCGACAAGUAUGGCUGUCAACCAGCACGGAGAAACAGAAGGUGGUAACGUCCACCUGCAGCAUCAGUCUCAACCUGUGAGCAGAGCGCCGAGCGCGGAUUCCAGUCAGAACCUUAACAGCCCAUCAGCUCAUUUGAGCCCCAACAAGGGACACGUUGUUGGAGUUUUCACACAGAAACAGUCCUCUUUGCAUUCCCAGAGUAACAGAACAAAUCCUGCUCCCAAAGUGUCUGACCAUAAACCAACAAACACAACAACAGCAGCUUCAGACACAGCUUCAGGUGCGGAUAAAAGCAAAAAGAAAGUAAAGAGGGGCAGACAGAGUCCAGACAUCAGCAGUGGGAAGAAGCUCAAGGCCUCGCAGGCAAAUGAAUGUCACAGCAACCCUGGGAAACAGCUGCCAUCUUCAAACCCAAGAGAGCUGGACUCUCCCGAACCGAUGGACACUGGCAGGCCUCAGGAGAAGGCCACCAAUAAGAACCUGUUUGGGAAGAAGAAGACACCUGAAGGACAUGCCGUACCAGGAAAAAAGGUGGAAAAAGACAAACCCCCUGCAGCUGGAGAAGCUGGUUCCUUUCCAGCGGCUUCACCACCCGAUGAGGACGGCAACAGCACAGACUCUGGCUUGGAUGGCAAACCCAAAAGAGGCAUCAUUUUUGAAAUCUACAGCGAGGAAGGCUUCCACAUUCGCUGUGAAAGUAUUGAAGAAGCCUGGAAGUCUGUGACAGAAAAGGUGAAGGAGGCUCGCUCCAAUGCACAACUUAAAGAGCUUUCUUUUGAAGGUGUGAACGGACUCAGGAUGCUCGGCGUCGUCCAUGAGGCUGUGGUCUUCCUGCUGGAGCAGCUUUAUGGAUCCAGACACUGCCGAAGCUACCGGUUCCGCUUCCACAAGCCAGAGGAAACCGAUGAACCUCCUCUCAACCCCCACGGCUCAGCUCGCGCAGAAGUCCACCACAGGAGGUCUGUAUUCGACAUGUUCAACUUCUUGGCCUCUAAACAUCGCCAGCCCCCUGAGUACUGUCCUCAGGAGGAAGAUGAAGAGGAAGGGCAGCUCAGGACUGCCAGGCGGCCCUCCAUGGAGCUGCCACUUACUGCGAGGUUCAAACAGCUCAAAGCUACCUCCAAAGAAACAGUUGGAGUCUACAGGUCGCCUAUUCACGGCCGUGGGCUUUUCUGCAAAAAAACCAUUGAGGCCGGAGAAAUGGUGAUCGAAUACUCUGGAAACGUGAUUCGAUCCGUGCUGACCGACAAACGUGAGAAAUACUACGACGGAAAGGGGAUAGGCUGUUACAUGUUUCGCAUCGAUGAGUACGAGGUGGUGGACGCCACGGUACAUGGCAACGCCGCCCGCUUCAUCAACCACUCCUGCGAGCCUAACUGCUACUCCCGAGUGAUCGCUGUGAACGGCCAGAAGCACAUCGUCAUCUUCGCCUCUCGCCGCAUCUGCUGUGGGGAGGAGCUCACGUACGACUACAAGUUCCCUAUCGAAGACGCCAACAAUAAGCUGCCCUGCAACUGCGGCACCAAAAGAUGCCGCAAGUUCCUCAACUGACAGCUCCGCCCCCCGUCGGAAGGACAGGUGGGGGAUUGCUGAGCAUCGGGACGUUCUCCUUCUCCAAGCUUCCUGCUUGUUUACGUUUUAAGCUACAAAUGACAACUGCUGCUGCAGGCGUUGGCAGGAAAUAGCAGCUGCAGGUCGCACCAUGUGUGCAGAAAGGGCCAUAUGUAGAAAUCCAAACAUAUUGUGCCUCCUUUUGUCUAAUUUAUAUUCGGCAUUGAAAGUUUCACCUCGAUAGGUGAGUAAAGAGAUACGACGUUGCAAUAUUACCCUUUGUUAUAUUUGGAUGAUAGUUACCCCUUCAUAUUCUUAUUUUCUACAUCGGCCAAUCCUUAAUUUUUUAAAACAUGUUAUGGUCUACUAAUAUGAACUUUGAAGGAAAUGAUUUGAAAAAAAAAAAAUCAAAGAACUUGGAUCCAUUUUUACACCAAAGUGCAAUUUGUUGAAGGGACUUGAAACAGAUUUUUGUUUUUGUUUCUAUUGGAGUUUAAAAUUAGGACCCUGUUUGUUUUUUUGUUGAUUUCAGUGUUAUUGAUGCAUAUCUCCUUGUCUCAGUGUGCCCUGAUGCCUUCAGAGCUACCCCCCUCCCCGCCCCACCCAGUAAAAGUUUGUGAAGUGUAUAUUUGACCCUGUAAAUAGGCACAGCCUGAUAGGAGCUGUACAAAUGGAAACACUAGGGGGAGCAGUGGUCGCAGGAAAAAACAUGACAUCAGGGAAGAAGAGUUCUGUUCAUAAGAGAAACGUUUAUUUUUUACCAUUGCUGUAAAAGGUUUUCCUCUGAUUCAGCAUCAGCUGAUUGGUUUGAACUGAAUCUGAGUUUGAUUGGAACAAGCCUCUGGCCUGAGAGAGCGAGGCAGCUAGAGAUUCUGGUGGACUGACAGCCAAAGGGACCAGAGAAACCUACUGAUGUGCUUGAAUAGACGUGCUUAAAAUUGUAUUUGUUUUCAUUAUUUUAGGGCGGGGGGGGAUUCAUUGGAAUAAUGCAGGAGGAAACCGAUAGAAGUGUCAAGUCUGCUGUUAUCAGACAUGUUUAAACCUCCAAAAUCACAGCAGCAGGAGAACCAAACCCCCCCUCCCCUCUCAGUUGAAGUUUCCUGCAGCUUCCUCCCCCCUCCCCUCUCUUGUCGGGCCUCUUGUGACCUUUAAUUAUGGAGAAAGGUUUUAUUACUAUAAGUUGUUUAUCUGUCUUUUUACCACAGACAGGGAAAUAUCAUGCUUGCUUUUGGGAAAACAAAACGAUGUAAAUAAUGUAUAUUUUUUUACAAAAAAAAAAAAAAAUUAAAAGCACUCACUAGUGAAUAGCACUUAAUGAUGGUAUUUAUAUUUUUAAAAAUUCAUAUUUAUUUUACUGUCAUUUUUGUAGGAAAUAGAGGUUUACAAACACUAAUGCUUCGCUGAUAUGUUUUGUAUUCCACUGCCUAAACAAAGUUUUUGUUUUUUUUGUUUGCUUGUUUUAAAAUUUGGAGCCUGAAUGUUUUUCUUUGAUUCCAAAGACUGAUACUGGUCUGUGGUUUGGUUCCCAUUUAAUUCAGUCCACCAGUAGCUCUUUAUCUUCAUCAGGCCAUUUGGCCAGAGCUGAUGUUUUUAGUUGUUUUUUUACUUUGUUCCCUUUUUUUUUUUUUUUUAACGUCCCAGUUGUAGCUACUGGUUAUGGCCGUCAUGUGAACUAUUAUUAUGCACUUGAGAGAGCUUAGAUUGUGGAUCUACAGCGGAUCUAUAUCUCUUCUCUCCAGCCUUAUGGUCUCUACACCACGUUGAUCUGAGAGGCGGGUCCCCUCGCAGGCUGCUGCUAUCGAAGCUUUCCUUUGAUCAGCCAUGAGGCCGACCGGCUCACAGCUAAUUGGAAACUAACAAAUAAGCUAUCCGUGUUUGUAAAAUUCAACAAAAGUGCUUUGCAAACGGAUUCACUCCUUUUUCACAUUUUGUCUCCUAACAGCAAGUUGUGACGGAUCAGUCUCCUAUGCUGUUCGUAAGUCCGAAGGAAACAGUUUACUUUUAGUCUUGGUGUCAUUAGGGGCAAGUCUCUAGCAGCUUUGCAUGAGGAGAGUCUGUUUGAUUGGUUUGCCUUUUAGUUGGCGUUAUACGUUACAUGAUCAACACCAGAUUCUCUGUUCCUACUGAUGAACGAAUCCCAGCAGUGUGAUGCAAACACUGCCAUGUUUCAAGGUGUUUGUUGCGUUUUAGCUGAAUUAUUGAGGCUUUUCAUCUUAUCCAAUCAGAGCACCUUCUUCUGAAUGGGUCCUCCUCUCGAGACACUAUGGGCUUUCUCGCUGCGUCUCAAAUCAAUGCUUUCUAUGCAAGGUGGCCUGUUAAGGUGGACAGCCAUGUGUUGGUAGGUUUGUAGCUGGGCCCUUUUUACUGAUAAGGUAUUUUUUUAAUUUGUAAACCUUUCUUAGUUAACUCCUCAUUUUGGCUGCAAUAUGAGUCAAAUACCAUUAGGUUUGUUGUUUGUUGACAAAAAGUGAAAAAGUGAACUCUUCAGCAAAGCACCGUGUCCCUCUGCAGACUUGGUCGAUAAUAAAGAGGUGCCUUUAUUUUAACUCUUAUCAGCAGCACUCGUCACAUUUCCAUUGAGCCAAUAACGGAAAAACAAAGAAGCAUUCAUUGCUCACCAGCAUUCAGAAAAGAAUUUUAUCUUUUUUUUUUUUUUAUGUUUCGCAAGCCUUCAUGUCCCAGAGUGAAUAUUUAAAAACCUGAAGCCAGUCUCCAUGUUUUGUUUUCUUUUUUGCCAACUUGUCGCCCUCCUCUAUUCGAGCUGACUUUCUUAUAUGACCUACCUACAGGCCGUUAGCAGUAACUGCCCUGUUGUUUUUGUUCUGGUGAAUCGAAAAUAGAAUACGAAUCACAGACGGUUUGCACUUGAACUGUUUAACGGGCACUGUUUAGACAUCUGGAAUAAAAAAAGAACUUUAGUUCUUUCUCCAGACAGAAGUGCAGAAACCAGAAGCACAGAACAUAAACCCAGAGUUUGUGUGAGCCUGGCUCUGACGGGUGUUUCUCAUUGUGAAGCUCCAGCAAAGUGCACUUGAUUCUCUCUGCUAAAUAAAAAGUGAAGGCAGGGACCACACCGGCGGCCCUCACCUUCCCAACAGGCCCCCCCUGUGCGUUUGCAUCCCAUGAUGCCGCCUCUGGGCUCGCUGGGUUCUGCUGCUAAGGUCAACAAUGAAUGUAUGUUCUUCCUUCACAUCACCAGAACUGUGAUGGUGUUGAUACUUGGUCAGCUGCUUUAAAAAAAAACAAAAACAUUAUUAUCAUUAUUAUUUAAUCGAGUUAUGUCUCUUGGUUGUUAUUGAAGACCUCAAACGGCAUCAGCGGUUUAUUCUCAAGGACUGGGAAUUAUUUGGUGGUUCUUACUGGUUCAGCUCAGGUGGCUUCCUCCAGUACUGCUGGUAGAAAUGGUUUCUGAUGCUAAGGGCUUUCUCUUCAUACAAGCUCCAUUUUCAGGGUCAGAGUUCUCAGUAAACAAUAAGUCGAGGUUCUUUUGCUGUCAACAGGAUAUAUAUAUACAAUAAGGCAUCAACUUCUGUUGUCUCCUCGGACAUUUUACCACGCCACAGCAGUGGCCCUUCUCCUUCAUCAUCUGUAAUUAUAGUAUAAAUACUCAACAGUAUAUGGAAACACGCAAAGUACUUUCUUGUUCUUGUAUCUAUACAAAUAUAUGGAAUGGACAGACAAACUUAGUUACAGUAGCAAAACAAUGGAUUUAUAACGGUUAUUAGCAACGUUUCAGUGUACUCUAUAAUGGUUUUGUGUUACAGUACUAUCAGAUAAAACUAACGUGCAUCAUUCUUUUUGUAUAUUGAUAUCCAGUACCAGUUUUGCUGUGCCUGUAAGCGAAUCCUUCACCAGCAAGGAGCGCUGCAGUUUCUUUAAAAAAUUUUUUUCUGGGAUAAAACAUUUUUUCAUGUGAUAAGAAAUGUAACUGUCAAUGUGGUUGUGAACUUCUUGAGAUCAGACGUUUGGGUUUAUUUUUCUGGUUGUUGUAGUGAAUGUUUUUAUUUUUUUAUUUUAAUGCUUCUCAGAUUUUUUUUUUUUUAACAGGGAUUUUUCAGACGGCUUACUUGAUGUGGUAAAAUUUGGAGUUCGGUUUGUGCAGACAGACCAUGGGUUUAAAGAAACCACCAUAAUGGCUUCUUAUGUUUUUAAUUCUUGACCUCAAACAGCUUUCCUGUCUCCUUUGGCCCUCUUCCUUUCUCUCCUCCGAAGCUUUGGUUCUACUUUGGAUGUACUUUUUUUAUAAAAACUCAAAAUGCUGACAUUGAGAAAGUUUAAUUUAUUUAUUUUCCACAGCAUCCAUGUGGAACCGUUCCUUUCAGUUUCGGAGAGGGCGUAUGAGUACUUAACCUGUAUUUGUAAUUUUGUUGUGUAUAGACGGCUUAAGAUGGGAUGUAGUGUUAAGAAAAAGGCAGGAUGGGGGUUACAGUAGGAUGUGGACAAAGAGGGAUCAUGAAUGGGCCAGUUUGCUUAUGCCUUGAAUAUACCUUUGUCUUAUACCAACAUCUUCCUGCUUUUUGUAAUUUAAAAAAGAAAUGACAAAAAAAA